AUGGAAGAACCAACAAAGGAAGAAAGCACAGCCCCUGCCGGUGCACGAAACCCUAGCCACCUCUUUGGCGGUGUAGACUCAAUCAGCUCUCUACCAGACGAGAUACUCCACCAUAUCCUGUCCUUUGUUCCGACCAAUGUAGCCAUCACAACUAGCGUCUUGUCCAAACGUUGGAGGCAUGUAUGGUGCAAGACACCUUAUCUCUCUUUUACUAAUAUUAAUGCCUCUAUUGAAUCGAUUCACGAAACCCUAGCCAGCUACACUGCCCCAAAAAUCAUGGGACUCCAUCUCUACGUUGAUAGCGAAUCAUUCGAAGAAGCCAGCGAAAGGAGUAACCAUGUUGAUAGCUUGGUCAAGUUUGCAAUAUCUCACAACGUGGAGAAGCUUUCUUUGGUAUUGAAAGAUUAUUACGUUUUCUCAGAUUUCUUCUUCAGCAAUCCAUCUCUAAAGCAACUCAUCGUAGAUUCACGUAACAAAAUGAGUCCCAAAUGCACCGUUUCUUGGACAUCACUUCAGACCUUGUCUUUGAGGAACUGUUUACUCGAUGAAUCGUUUGCUAAGGUUCUGUCUGGUUCUCCAGUGCUGGAAACCUUGACAUUGCGUUCUUGUUCAAUUUCUUGUCUCGAUCUAAGUGAAUCGCGGCGCAUUAGACGACUAGAUAUAGAAUUCACCAAUUCUUCUCCAAAAAAAUGUCAUAUUGUUGCUCCUCAUAUCCAUUACCUAAGAUUGAUAGAUUUUAGGCAAAAAUGUACUUUAGGUGAUGUCUCCUCUUUAACAGAAGCGGACAUUGACAGUAUCUAUUUCGUGCCUCGAUUUUGGUGUAUUCAAGUUGAUCUUGAGGAUCCCUCGAAGGAUCUUGAUUACCAAGUGAUGAUGCAAACGAUGCUAGAAAAGUUGCAGAACGUAGAGAACCUUACUGUUGGGCUUAGCUUUCUUCAGAUGCUAUCUAUUGCCGAGUUCCGUGGUGUUCCUUUCCCAACGUUAAAGGUCAAAACGUUGACUCUUAAAACAACAAUUAUACGAUCUGCGGUUCCUGGUAUAGCAAAGCUGCUACAACACUCACCUGAAUUAAAGAAGAUAUUUUUCUACAAAACUGAAGACUGGAACUGCGCAGAGAAAUAUGUUAAUCGCUGCUUGGACCCACAAGAUCCACAAGACCUGAUCUUUCCGGCUAAGUCAGCGUUUAAAGUUGCAAAGCCGGAUCUCGUAGCUUCCUUCAUUGAACUGUUGCUGCUAAACACAAGAACACUAGAGACACUGGUUCUCCAGUUGAGGAGUUGCCUUAAUACAUCGAAUUAUGAUGAGCUGUCUCAAAUCGCUCUUACACUCUCUCGCAAAAAUAAGGUCUCCAUUGUGCUGAAAUAA